AUGGAGGCUCCAGUCUGCCCCGAACACAACCAGAGACUAGAGAAGUUCUGUGAAAACGACCAAGAAGUGAUCUGCCUCCAGUGUGAGAGAAACCUCCACAGGAUCCACCAGUGUCUGAGCCUGGAGGAGGCUGCGGAGAGGAAGAAGAAAGAAGUGUCGGAGCGUUUGGAGACUCUGAGGAAAAGACUGAAACAGAUGAACAAGAGACGAGAGGAAUGGGAGGAGACCAAAGACUACAUCCAGACCCAGACGGAGCAGAGCGAGGCGAUCCUCAGGGCGGAGUUUGAGGAGCUGAGAGCGUUCCUUCAGCAGGAGGAGGAGAACCGGGUCUCGCUGCUGAAACAGGAGCGAGACGUGAAGACCGGGGUCCUGACCGAGAAGAUCCACGACCUCCAAAACCAGAUCCAGACUCUGACCAAGAUCAUACGAGACCUGGAGGCCUCGGUGCGACAGAAGGACCUGCUGUUCCUGCAGGACUAUAAACACACCAGGAAGAGUUCCAGGAGUAACGUCCUGGAGCCCGUGUGUCUGAGGGACAUCCUGAUCAACUCUGCCUCACAUUUGGGAAUUCUAAAGUUCCAGGUUUGGAAGAAAAUGAAAAACAUCGUCAAAUUUGCUCCUGUCACCUUUGACCCCAACACGGCUCAGUCCAACCUCAUCUUCUCCGAGUCUCUGACCUGUGUCCGCUACAGCAGCAGGAUCCCGGUCCCCGAGAACCCCCCGGUCUCUCUCUGUGUCCGCUACAGCAGCAAGACCCCAGUCCCAGAGACCCCCGAGCGCUGCGUGAAUAGGGUGUGCGUUCUGGGGACCCCCGGCUUCAGCAGCGGGCGCCAUUGCUGGACCGUGGACGUGGGGCAGGGCCAGGAUUGGUACAUCGGCGUGGCCCGGGAGUCCAUCCAGAGAAAGAGCACGGUGUUCCUGGAGCCGGCGGAGGGCUUCUGGGUAAUCGGGAGGACGGGCAGAGACUCGUACUGGGCGCAGACGGCGAGCCGCAGCAGACUCACGGUGAAGCAGCCGCCGCAGACGGUCACGGUGGAGGUGGAUUAUGGGAAAGGGAAAGUGGCGUUUGUGAACGACACGGACAGGACGGUGAUGCACAUGUUCAAGGACAAGUUCACAGAGAAGAUCUUUCCGUACUUCUCGCCAGGACUGUACCAGGAGGGGGCGCUGUCCUGCCCCCUGGGCAUCUGCGGCCACAGCAUCUCUCUGCUCAUGGACUAA